CUUGCAGUUGUGUUUGUAUCGGAGCUGUGAGAUUAAACUGGGCGGCGUGUUCUCGGUCCAAAGACCCACGUUGUGGUACAAGAUUUACACCAAACCUACCUGCACAUUUCUCAAUACAAUUUAGGCACUCUGUCUGUACGAAGAGGAUGGGAGGCAACAGCAGCAGCCACGUCUCGUAUGAAGACGACCACGUUACUUUUGUGAAGGGCAUUCGGCUGACUGACAAAGUUAUCAAUCGAAUGAGAGAGGAGUGCCAGGCCCAGAAGGUUGUCCAACCUCGCUCACAGCAGAAUGGACCUGCUUCCACGCUCUCAACAGAACCUGUGGUCCCUGUGUCCACACCGGCCCCCACAGUCGAUCAUUUGGUCCCCCUUCUGGUCUCCCCUUCCCUGUUUAUCCCCACAGCCCCUCCACCUGCGGUCCUACCCACACCUCUGUCUCCCCCUGUUCAGCCAGUAAAGCUUACUCCUCCACCUCCUGUCACAUUUGUCUCUGCUCCCUGUCCACCUGCGGCCCUACCCACAGCUCCCUGUCCACCUGCCGCCCUACCCACACCUCCCUGUCCACCUGCGGCCCUACCCACACCUCCCUGUCCACCUGCGGCCCUACCCACACCUCCCUGUCCACCUGCGGCCCUACCCACACCUCCCUGUCCACCUGCGGCCCUACCCACACCUCCCUGUCCACCUGUGGAAUCGAUAGUCCGAGCUCCAGCUGUUGAACCUAUUGUUCCACCUCUAGAUACCAAAGUGCUUCCUCAAGGGGCAGAACCAAUACUUCCUCUGGUGCCUUUAGAACCUAUAGCGCCAUCUUUGGCCCCAUCUCCACCAAUAGAAGAACCCGUACUCCUAUGUACCCCUACCACUGAGGAACCUGUAGUUCUGCCGACACUGGCUGAACCUAUUGUCCCACUUGUCCCUAUAGAACCCGUAGAACCACCUAAGCCUGUGAAACCUGUGGUUCUAGCUUCUCCAGUUGUGGAACCAAUUGUGCUGCCUCCAGUGGUUGAAUCUGUUGUCCUACAUCACCCUGUAGAACAGGUAGACCCACUUACCCCUGACCCUUCACCUGUUGAAGCUAUUGUCCUGCCACAUGUUGUGGUUGAGGAAGUAGCAACACCUACCCUCGUAGAACCGGUAGUCCUGCCACCUGUUGUGGUUGAGGAAGUAGCAACACCUACCCUCGUAGAACCGGUAGUCCUGCCACCUGUUGUGGUUGAGGAAGUAGCAACACCUACCCUCGUAGAACCGGUAGUCCUGCCACCUGUUGUGGUUGAGGAAGUAGCAACACCUACCCUCGUAGAACCGGUAGUCCUGCCACCUGUUGUGGAAUCUGUCACCAUUAAGACGCCACUUGUUGUAGAAGAGGUUGUCCUACCCACACGUCCACCUGUAGAGCCCCUACCUGCCUCUACUCCUCCGCCUGUUGCAGAACCUCCACCUCCCCCAGUCCUAGCACCUAUCCCAGAGCCUAUUCUGGAGGAACUUCCUCCAGCACCAUGUCCCUCCAUGGAGCUGGCCACCCUGCCUACUGAUCUCCCUCCCCCUGUAGAAGAGCCCAUAGCUCCCCCUCCUCCUCUCUCUGCCCCAGUAGAACCCAUGGUCAGCAUUCCACUACUCCCUCUCAUUGAAAACGUGGCUGUUCCAGUCGUGGCUCCUGUUGUGACCCCCCCUGUGAUCCCACUGCAACCUCCAUUAGUGGUAGAUGAAGAAGUGCUGAGGAGGCAGAUCCAAGCUGAGCUGACGAAGGGCCUGGAAGAGGAGAUGAAAGUGAAGCGGCAAGAGUUUGAAAAACAGUUGUAUGAGGUGAAGGUCCAGGCCAGAGCCCAGGCUCAGGCUGUAGCCCAGGCUCAGAUCCAGGAGGAGGUUAAGAAAAUCCUGGAUGUGGAGAAGGCAGCGCAGGGAGAGAACCUGAUGGCGGCCAUAGAGAAGGAACGCAUGACCACAGAGGAUGAGAGACUCAUGGCCCAGCUCUACGCCCACAAACUGGAGGAGAAAGAGAACCAGGUGAAGAAACAAGAUGCACUCUUCAGGGAACAGGUCGCCAAGCUGGAAGAAAAGAGUGCGCAGUUCUUCAAAGUCACCACAGAGAACUUCAAGAAGGGCAGAGAGGACGCUCACAACACCUUCAAGCGUGUUGACAUCAAGCCAGUGUGUGGUGACCUGCAGAGUCAGAUCCUGAAGUGCUACAGGGAGAACACUGGACAGACCCUCACCUGCUCUGGCAUCGCCAACUUGUACAUGAAGUGUGUGGACAACCAGAAGACUAAGAGCAUUGGAGGUUAGAAGAGCCUAAUUUUUCACCAAUGGCGUCACUGUUUAACUAGAGGGACAGGAGCCGCACGCCAUCAGCCAUCGAGACGCACCAAAAACCAGUUGAACUGGUUUUGAUUUGAACUGUUCUGAGACCAUGACCACCACAGCUGAAGACAUGCCUGCUCCCCACCAUCCCUUCCUCCCAUCCAUGGUAUCUGUAUUAACCCCCCCCGAGAGGGUCAGAGGUAGAAUGAGGAGCCCAUGUCCUGACCCAGUACAGGCUAGAGACUGGUACUGAUGUCAAAGGAUGUGAGAGAGAGCGCACAAUAUGGUUCUUGGGUACACAAAUGGACAGUGCUAUUAGCACUACACUGACGGAAAAUUGACAUUGUUACCAUGACUACACUAUGACAGGAAAUGGAACCGGAAAUGCAACACGUGAACUACACUAUGACAGAAAGUGGACAUUGUUACCAUGACUACACUGUGACAGGAAAUGGAACCGGAAAUGCAACGCGUGCACUACACUAUGACAGAAAAUGGACAUUGUUACUGUGACAGGAAAUGUGAGACAUCUCAUCCCUGACUGAAUAUAAAAUGCUUUAUACAUCUCCACCAAUGGAAAUAUUGGGAUUACGGUUUUGUUGUUGACAGCAGUAUGAAACAUAAUGGAAUGGCCAAAUUGUGAAAGAUAUCGUGCAUUGUUUGUUGAGUUAAUAUGCACCUAUGCCUUAAUGUCCUAUCAAAACACAAAUGUUUCCUAUGGGGAAAAAAAUAUUGUAAUUUUGAUCUUUAUUGUUAUAAAAUACAAACUGAUAUGGGGGUGGAAA